AUGACUCACGACGGUGCAAUUACGUCGGCUUGUCAGGUGACAGCAGACGACAUCAAGGAGGUCGAUACCAAUGUUGCCACUCUUGGCCAUGUACGCCUCCGCCAUAUCGAUACCCAAGAGAUCAUUCUGGUGCCAACUCCGUCUUCGGACCCCAAGGAUCCCUUGAACUGGCCAAGAUGGUUCAAAACACACACAGCAAUUGCCGUGUGUCUAGCUAUUCUCAUGUGCAACUUCCUUGCUGCCGGACCGACCCUUGCUAUUGUUGAGACUGCCCAAGACUUCUUUCCUGACUGGCAGAAGACUGGCCUCGACGGACCCAUCGCCAAGACGGCCUACUUUUUUAACUGCACUGCCUUAUUCCAGGGUCUCUAA